AUGUCAUCCACUGAUGCAACUCAGAAAAUGAUAGUGCUAAAAAGUUCCGACGGCGAGACGUUCGAGGUAGAGGAGAUGGUGGCGCUCGAGUCGCAGACCAUCAAACACAUGAUCGAGGAUGGUUGCGCCGACACCAGUAUACCUCUCCCCAACGUUACCUCAAAGAUCAUGGCCAAAGUCAUCGAGUAUUGUAAGCGCCAUGUUGAAGCCGCCGCUAAGGCCUCCACCGAUGGCACGCCGGCUACUGCCGACAGGGUAGCUGACGAUGACCUCAAGGCAUUCGAUGCUGACUUUGUGAAAGUCGAUCAAAGCACUCUUUUUGAUAUCAUCUUGGCUGCCAACUACCUAAACAUCAAGAGCCUGCUCGACCUUACAUGUCAAACGGUGGCGGAUAUGAUCAAGGGGAGGACUCCAGAGGAAAUUCGGAAGACGUUCAACAUUAAGAAUGAUUUCACUCCAGAGGAGGAGGAAGAAGUUCGAAGGGAGAAUGCUUGGGCAUUCGAGUGA